CCAAGCUUGGCGUCAACUGCCAAACUACACUUUGUUCUUUGCGCCUCCCAUCUCCCAUCUCAACCUUCAUACAUCUCCUAAGGUUGGCGCCGCCCCUCCUUGGUUUACCUUUUUGACUUUAAACUCAAUUAUCGGCCGUAUAUUGGUCUUCUUUGUCCUGCGCUGUUGUCUUGUUCGACUGCUUUUCAGCUCGCCGUCACAGAUUGGAUUAUCCUACAGCAAAACAUGGGAGAUAUUCAAAACUCUGCGCCCACCCUCGGCGCCAGGAAGAACGUCGAUCCCGGUCAAAAUGCCGUCAAGAGACUGCAGACGGAGCUUAUGCAGCUGAUGACAUCGCCGGCGCCGGGCGUGUCUGCCUUCCCCUCUGCCGACGGCAAUCUCCUUUCGUGGCGGGCUACCAUCGAGGGACCUGAGGAUACCCCUUACGCCGGCCUCACCUUCAAGCUCAGUUUCGAAUUUCCUACGAAUUAUCCUUACGCGCCGCCCACGGUGCUGUUCAGAACUCCAAUCUACCAUCCCAAUGUGGACUUUUCUGGACGCAUCUGCCUCGACAUCCUCAAGGAUAAGUGGACUGCUGCUUACAACACUCAGACCGUCCUACUGAGUUUGCAAUCCCUGCUCGGAGAGCCAAACAACGCUUCCCCUCUCAACGGCGAGGCGGCCGAGCUUUGGGACAAGGACCCGACUUUGUUCAAGACCAAGGUCAUGGACCGUCACAAGGACAUUGACGACGACUGAAGGAGAAAUGCAGGUGCAGUUUAGGAGAGCAUUGGGUUAGGAGAAAUUGGUUCAUUCUGAAGGUUGGAAUCCCUGGCGUAUUGGUCUCUGGAACAGGAUUU